UGAUAUUCAGUCCCUUGUUGCACACCUCAAAGACGAUCACAAGUUUGACAUGCACGAAGGCUGUACCUUCAACCAUCGCUAUAUCAAAUCCAAUCCUCAAGACGUUGAAAAUGCUACAUGGAUGUUGACCUGUGGUUGGAGAAGAACUCAUUGGAAUGCUCAUCAGAGAUACAAUAAUAUCAGAAACUGCAGCGUUUGGUUUAUAAAUUGGACUAUGUAUUGGAUUAUAUUCAUGAUUUCAUGAUCAAGAAAGCAAUGCUGAAUUUCUCAAUAUUUUUUGGAAAGCUGCUCUUAUAAGAAUCUAAGAGGGACUCAAUUAUGAAUAAGACGUUGAACUUGAGAAUGUGUUAUCGGUUGUCCCUAAUAUAAUCGAGCUCGAGAAAGAAUUGAAGGCAGAGUAUGGGAUGUCCCUGAAGGUAAUUAUAUCAAGCCAACAUACCAGCACCAGCAACGAUAUGAAUGGAGGUUUACUAUCUCAGAUUUCUAACACACGGGAAGAAAUCACUAGUAUUUUUGUGUCUCUACUAAGAUUUGAACCCUACAGAUCCCUUAUGGUUUUCAUCCACUUCAUUGUCCGUUAAACCACACCCAUAUUAAUUAUCAGUGCAGACUCAAUUGUUUGUGGAUAAGUUGUGUUCCAAUAUUAUUACUUGAGAUCCUCAUUUACAUUAUACUUUUUAGAGUCGGACAAGUGGAAUGAGAACGCAACAAACUAUUUGGUUAAGUCCUUGUCUAAAUUAUAUGUGUAACACAUUUACAUUCAUAAUUCAUUAUCUGUAUUGGCUUAACACAACAGAACUAGUUGGUUAUGUCCUUGUCUGAAUUAUAUUAUAUAUGUAACACAUUUACAUUCAUUAUUUAUCAUCUUCCUUGACUUAGCGCAAAAAACUAUUUGGUUGUCUUUGUCUGAAUUAUAUGCGUAACACAUUUACAUUCAUAAUUCAUUAUCUGUCUUGACUUAACACAACAAAACUAUUUGGUUAAGUCCUUGUCUACAGAUGUAAGUGUACCUUUCAAAGAAAUAGGACUAGUCAAAGAAAUCUGCCUAUAUAGAUAUGAAUAGCCUUUUCUUAAUUUUCACUACCAACUCACGGUACACAGAAUUACUCAGUAUUUAGAAGCAACUUGAAUUUAAUCAUGGGAUACAGAAAAUUCUUAUUUCUGCUCUUUGUCUGUUUCUGUCAGUUUUCAUUUUCUUCAUCCAUACCUCAUCUGUGCCACAAAGAUCAAAGCACCGCUCUUUUAAAAUUCAAGAAAACACUCACAGUAGAUUCCUCAUUAGUUACGUGUAGUUCCUACUCUUAUACGAGUUCAUGGAAUAGGAGCAGAGAUUGUUGCUCAUGGGAUGGAGUCAUAUGUGAUGAAAUGACUGGCCAUGUGAUUGAACUUAAUCUCAGUUGCAGUGGUCUUGUAGGAAAGAUUGAUUCCAAUAGCAGUCUCUUCCAACUCUCUCAUCUCCAAAGGCUCGACCUUUCUUCUAAUAACCUCUCUAAUUCUCACAUCUCGCCUGAAUUUGGAAGGUUCUCGAGCUUGACACUUCUUGAUCUUUCUGACUCCUAUUUCUCAGGUCAUAUCCCUUCUGAAAUCUCUCAUCUUUCUCAAUUACAGUCUCUUCGUCUCUCCCCUUCAUUUGAAACUAUUCUAAGACUCACAGCCCAUGAUUUGACAUUGCUCCUUCAGAAUUUGACUCAAUUAAGAGAGCUUGAUCUUACUUCCAUAAACAUCUCUUCCACCAUUCCUCCGAAUUUUUCUUCUCAUUUGACAACUCUGAGGAUGGGAAAUACAGGAUUGUACGGGAUAAUACCUGAGAGUAUUUUUCACCUUCCCAAUCUGGAAACACUUGUCUUACAAAACAACAAUCAGCUCAGUGCUUAUUUUCCGAAGACCAAAUGGAACAGCAGUGCAUCUCUCAUUGAGUUAGAUCUCAGUGGCGUGAAUUUUUCUGAUAAUUUGCCUGAGUCUAUUGGCUAUCUAACUUUGGUGCAUUCUUUGUCUCUUAAAAAUUGCAAACUUAGAGGGCCUAUUCCUGAAUCUCUUUUGAAUCUCACGCGCAUAGAGGAUUUGGACCUUCAAUAUAACUCCCUGAAUGGAACAAUACCAUCAGGGAUGUUCUCUCUUCCGUCACUAAGUCGUUUAGUCUUAAGCAAUAACCAGUUUUCUGGUCAGUUUGAGGAUUUCAAUUCCAAUUCACUGAUCUGGACUGAUUUAAGCAAUAAUCAGCUGCAAGGACAUCUUCCCAAGUCGAUUCAAAACCAUGUGAACCUAACAGGCCUUAUUCUUUCUUUCAAUAAUUUUAGUGGCCAUGUGGAUGUCAGCCUCUUUGCUGACCACAAACAGCUUUACUAUCUUGAUCUUUCAUAUAAGCGUAUCUCAUUGACAAAUGAGAACAAACAUAAUGUUACUUUGCCAGGAUCUCUUAUGAGCUUACAGUUGGCCGCAUGUGAAGUGAAAGAAUUGGAGUUUCUAAGAUCCGCAAAGCUUCUUUGGCAUUUGGAUCUUUCAAAUAAUAGGAUUCAAGGAAGAAUUCCUGAUUGGGCAUGGUCUAACUGGAUGUUUUCAUUACAACGUCUUAAUUUAUCCCACAACAUGCUGCAAAGUGUUGAUUCAAUUCCUCUUCUGUCUAUAGAAGCUAUUGAUUUACGGUCCAAUUUGCUUCAAGGUUCACUACCUAUUCCACCAAUUUCCACAAGAUUCUUCUUUAUAUCCCGUAAUAAUCUGAGUGAAGAAAUUCCUUCAGAUAUUUGCAACUUGACAUCACUGGUAAUGCUUGAUUUGGCAAGAAACAAUUUGAAGGGAGAAAUUCCGCAAUGCUUGGGUAAUAUUAGUGGCCUCGAGGUUCUGGAUAUGCACCACAACAGCCUUUCAGGGACUCUUCCAACGACUUUCAUAACUGGAAGUGCACUCAAAAGCUUCAACUUUCAUGGGAAUAAGCUGGAGGGGAAAAUCCCACAAUCCUUGACCAAUUGCAAGCAACUUGAUGUUCUUGAUUUAGGAGACAAUAACCUCAAUGACACAUUCCCCGUGUGGUUGGGGACUCUGCCAAAGCUGAAAGUUCUAAGUUUGAGAUCCAAUAAAUUGCAUGGGUCCAUUAGAACUCUACCGACUGGAAACAUGUUUCCUCAGCUUAGAAUAUUAGAUCUGUCCUCCAAUGNACCAUUAUUGUCUGUUGUUGUCUUCUUCACAGCCUACUCUCAGCCUACACUGCUCUGA